AUGUGGUAUUACAUGGUAUAUAACGGUCACCUGAAUGUGGCAUUACAUGGGUUGGCAGUUGUUAGAGGGCCAGGAUGUUGGAGAACAGUUGAUUCUGAUGGACGUGCUGCUGCUGCUGGAGGUGGAAUAGCUGCUGCUUCUGGAGGUAGAAUAGCUGUGGCUGGAGGUAGAAUAGCUGCUGCUGGAGGUGGAAUAGCUGCUGCUUCUGGAGGUGGAAUAGCUGCUGCUUCUGGAGGUGGAAUAGCUGCUGCUUCUGGAGGUGGAAUAGCUGCUGCUUCUGCUGAUGGAGGUGGAAUAGCUGCUGCUUCUGCUGAUGGAGGUGGAAUAGCUGCUGCUUCUGGAGGUGGAAUAGCUGCUGCUUCUGUUGAUGGAGGCGGAAUAGCUGUUGCUGCUGGAGGUGGAAUAGCUGCUGCUUCUGCUGAUGGAGGUGGAAUAGCUGCUGCUUCUGGAGGUGGAAUAGCUGCUGCUUCUGGAGGUGGAAUAGCUGCUGCUUCUGCUGAUGGAGGUGGAAUAGCUGCUGCUUCUGGAGGUGGAAUAGCUGCUGCUUCUGUUGAUGGAGGCGGAAUAGCUGUUGCUGCUGGAGGUGGAAUAGCUGCUGCUGAUGGAGGUGGAAUAGCUGAUGCUUCUGUUGCUGAAGGUGGAAUAGCUGCUGCUUCUGCUGCUGGAGGUGGAAUAGCUGAUGCUUCUGCUGGUGAAGGUGGAAUAGCUGCUGCUUCUGCUGAUGGAGGUGGAAAAGCUGCUGCUUCUGCUGAUGGAGGUGGAAUAGCUGCUGCUUCUUCUGCUAGAGGUGGAAAAGCUGAUGCUUCUGCUGCUGGAGGUGGAAUAGCUGCUGCUUCUGGAGGUGGAAUAGCUGCUGCUUCUGCUGAUGGAGGUGGAAUAGCUGCUACUUCUGGAGGUGGAAUAGCUGUUGCUUCUGUUGAUGGAGGCGGAAUAGCUGUUGCUGCUGGAGGUGGAAUAGCUGUUGCUUCUGCUGAUGGAGGUGGAAUAGCUGAUGCUUCUGCUGCUGAAGGUGGAAUAGCUGCUGCUUCUGCUGCUGGAGGUGGAAUAGCUGAUGCUUCUGCUGAUGGAGGUGGAAUAGCUGCUGCUUCUGCUGCUGGAGGUGGAAUAGCUGAUGCUUCUGCUGAUGGAGGUGGAAUAGCUGCUGCUUCUGCUGAUGGAGGUGGAAAAGCUGCUGCUUCUGCUGAUGGAGGUGGAAUAGCUGCUGCUUCUUCUGCUAGAGCUGCUGCUGCUGGAGGUGGAAUAGCUGAUGCUUUUGCUGCUGGAAGUGGAAUAGCUGAUGCUUUUGCUGCUGGAAGUGGAAUAGCUGCUCUUCUGCUGAUGGAGGUGAAAUAG